CCAAACAAUUCUCUCUGCCAGUCUUUUCAGUCUUUUCAGUCCUCGACGCGACGUCACAACGUAUCGACGUCUUUUCCCAUUUUUUUUCCCCUUUUUUUUUCCCUAUUGCCUCGCUCCCUUUUCCCUUUUAACCGAUAACUCAAUAAAUCCCAGUGGAUAACCGUUUUAUCUCUCAGGAGAUAAUGCUCGCGUUUAUCGUUGGAUUCUUCUACUUUUACUUUCAACUAUUUCGCCUGGAGUUGCAGAUGGUUGUGGAACCCAGGACUUACAAGUUCUCCAAGUUUGUGCUGUGAAUUUCCCACGGGGAAUUUUAAUCCCCGGGUGUUGUAAUUAGACUGGGCCCACGAAAUAAUGGAUAAUAGUUAAUUGUUAUGAGUGGCUCACCAUGCCUCAAUGUUUGUCCGGUUUUUUAUACAAUUAUUUGCCAGUAUUUUGGCGUUUUUUGAAUCGUCAGUUUUUGGUGUUACGGGUCUAGGUUUUUAACUCAGUGUCUAGCAAUGCCGUCAGCAUAAUUUAUUAAUUCAAUUCAUUGACCCUCUCAUUCCACAAGUUUCCUUUCUUCAUUACUUAUUUAUGAUUCAGGGGAGACGGAAACUACAAGUUACUUCUACAUUUGGAAACAUGGACGCUAUAAUUAAUUAUCUGAAUGUUUGGAACAAGAGUAUCAGUCAGCGAUGGAGGAAAUUGCGUCGGAGGUAUUCGGUCCAGGAAAUCACCGAGCCCCAGGAAGAUCCUCUGAUACAAGAGGGACGUCAACGUACCGUUAUUCAUGGUGUGCGAUCUACUCCAACGAGUAGAGAAGCAUCACCAGCACCCAAAUCACGUGACAGAAGUUCAACAAAAAAGUUGCUUCAAACGUCGUCCUUAAGAUUGCCAGGUACGAGCAAAGGAAUCGCAGACCUGCAGAGCGUCCUCCGGAGUAAAUUCAGUAAACUGAACGCGGGUAUUCGAAAGCGAAAAGCCCUGAGUGUAGCAGAGGUCUUCCCGAAGGAGAACGUCUCGAAUUUCUACGUUCCCAGUCCGCUGGCUCCCUCGACAACAGAGAGGAUCGAUCCCCUGGAGGAUGGUGAGCCCCUGUCCCUCUCCCUGAACACCUCCGACGUCUACGAGAGCACGAGCUACAGAGAGCCCCUGAGGAGAUGCAACUCAGAGCACCGAGACCAUUCCUACGAAAACGUCAGAUUCAGGAGCACCAGAUCAGGCCUGUCUGACACAGACAGCCCCUCGAAGCUGGAGAGCCAUUACGAGAACGUCAGGUUCAGGAGUAAAUCAGGUUCGAGGGGGAGAGAAGGAAGAGAAAGGAGACAGGGAAAUUCCCAGGAGGAGAUAUACAUUCCCAGGGUGAGUCCCAAGAGACGAGAGUUUAUUCUUGGAGGGAAAGUGACGAAUUACAAUGAUAACUCGAGGCUGAGUGACGUGACUGAUGGCUCCUCUUCUCUGGGAGCUGAAGCCAAAUCCUCGUUGAGGUUCAGCAGUCGAAGCUUCGCUAAUAUAUCGGCAACGAGGAGGGGGCAGGAGCUGCAGGGGCCUCAUGAGGCUGACGAGGGACUUAAUACUGAUUCUGAACUCGAGGACAUCCAGGAGAAUCUCGAGGGAGAGGAGUCGCAAUUCUGUACUUUACCGAGACCUGGAAAGGGCAAUGCUUCUUUCACGAUUAUGACCACGAGGUUCUUCAAGGGACCUGGGUAUAAGGGUCUUGGGUUCAGCAUCGUUGGUGGCACUGAUAGCCCUAAGGGCAAUAUGGGAAUUUAUGUUAAGACUGUAUUUCCUAAUGGACAAGCUGCUGAUUUGGGAACCCUUAAGGAGGGCGAUGAAAUACUGUCCAUCAAUUCAAAACCACUUCAUGGCAUGACACAUGCACAGGCUAUUGCUGAGUUCAAGGCUAUCAAGACUGGGGAUGUCGUGCUACAUGUUGGAAGGCGAGUUCCCAAGCGGAAGAAGGAGGUCAUCAAGAACCGCACGAUGUUGGAAAAAAAUUGAUAUUUCAUCAGUUAGAGAGGAAUUCCUCUUUUUUAGGAUGGAAUUCGGAGUUUCUUCGGGGUAAAUUCAAAUGAAUUACGCAAUUCUCGGGAUCAGCGACCGGAGAAUCGCAGAAUUUUCUCGAGUUUUAUUGCUCUAUUAAUUGAUUGAACGUUCAAGAGUUUAUUUACGGGAAUUUGUAGGAUUCUUACGUGUUUUUAGAGAACUUUUGAAGUAUUUAAGUGAAAUUUGAAGCUUUCAUUGAAUUUUAUACGCUAUUUUGAAUUGACCAGAAAUUCGAGGCUUUCUUGAUUACAUGGGGAAUUAUUGUACUGAAGUCUAUGGUUUCUAUUGAUUUUUUAACGAAGAUUUUGAACUUUCAAUUUUGAAAAUCGAACGUAAAUUUGCAGUGCCUAUUUAUAUUUUCGUACAAUUUUGCGUUUUCAGGUGUUAAAUUUCAUUGGAAUUAGGAGCUAAUUAUGAAAUCUUGAGAGGAUUGUAGAUUCCACUGAUUCAUCGGUUUAGAGUUAUUGGGUAGAUUCGAAAAUCCAAAUAACUGAUUAUUAAUCUCUAGCCAACUUCCCAAAGAUGAAAAUCAAAAUAACAGAGCGAUAUUUUUAAUGAGGUGUUGUGUGUCGAUUCUAGGGAUUUAUUUGUAGUCUAGUCGAAUUGUUGAUUCAAAAUUAUUUAGAUGGACAUGAUCGAACAAAGUUGAGAUUUUUUCAGUCAGAGGCUGAAUCGAGCAGUCACCAUUUCUAUUUUUUAUGAUGAGAGUGGAGGAGAAAUACGCGGAGUCCAGGGGCAACAUGGAUACUCAAUUUUUUAUACUCUAAAAGCCACAGGGAAUAUUAACGAACAGAAAUAAUAUUUUUAAUUCGACUUCGAAUUAUUCACGAAUUCGAAAUAGUCCAGAGAAUCAAUUCCGGGUCGUCCAUUUUGCCCCACCUUUACCUACAAUUUAUUUUCAGAAUAAUAUCCAUGCAAUGUGGGGUAAUCACUCACGCAAUUUUUCCAGUUAAUUAUUUAUUUAUAUUUAUAUUUAAUCGGCAAUCUACUAGAUUAAUGGGAAUUCUAUUGAAUUUCUGUUGGAAUUCUGUAAAAAGCCUAUCUCAAGAUUUUUCUAUUUUUGUUUAGGUUUUUUAUUAAAAUGUGUAGUUUCCCUGUAUUUUAUUAUGGGAAACAAAUAAAAAAGCGAAAAUCGAAAUGUCAGUUUUUACUGGCGGCCAAGAGAAUUCUCAGAGUGCAACUCGAAAUUCAAUGGAAUUGCAAUUGAAAACACUCGUAAAUUUAUCGAAACAUUCCAAGAUGGAUUCAAAUUACAUUCCAGAAAAUUGGAUAAUUUUCUGUACAAUGUUUUUUCAGUGAUUACCCCCUGAAACCAGAUAACAGACAAAAAAAGUAUGCAGUCAAUACUUUCAUUAAGAAAACGUCUUCCAAAAUAAUUGAAAAACACAAUAAUUUUUUUAUUAAUAAUUCAUAAAAGUAACUAAACCAGGUGCACCUGUCUGCCAACCCAGGAAGACAAUAAUAAAAAUCGAAUUGGGAAUUACGACGUAAUGUUGAAUUUUAAUUACAUCAUGUGCGCAAAAAUUGAAUGCAAAAAACGAGUUUUAAAAGAAUUCCGUCAAUUGCUUGUAGAAAUUUCUAUUUGAUAUCAAUUUUUCGAUUUGUCUCUCUUAAGCUUUUUAUAUUAAAAUUAUUAAACCCAAAUUUUUCCAACUUUUUGUACUUUGUUUAAUCUUAAAUCGCAAAAUCUAAAUGAAGAAAAAAAAAUAGAAAAUUGAUACUUAAGAGAAUAUUAAUUGGAAAAAAACUCAUUCCAGUACAAUCUCAACUCCUGAAUCACCGAGAAUUGGCAAGAUUUCGAAUAAAAAAUUAUGUUGAAUAAAUACAGACGUAUCUAUACACCAUUUUUAUUAUAAUAAUUAAUAUAAAAUUAAUUACAUUAAAAAAUACCAAUGUCUAACGAUAUAAGCGUACGAAUUUGCCUACAAGCAAUUUUUCUACGUUAAAAUGUUUUUUAUUGCUCUAUACAUCAGAUAAAAUUUAUAUAACAUGUAUAUAAUCAAGCAUAGAAACCCAAAAAAUCACUGUAAAGUUGGUAAACAAUCAGGACUUUAAUUUUUGUGCUUUAUUUCAUUACGAGAUGCUUCCAAGACCGAUAAAUAAUGAAACAAGUGAUUUUGUUAAAUAGUGAUUAAAGAUAAUAAAUAAACAGGAUUGAUUAGAUUUCA